AUGCAACAGAACAACAAUUACGAGCCGAAAAAGCACACCAUCGUGACAAAGGAGCUGCUGCUGACGUCGGCGAACGAGCAACAGUCGCCGAAACGCCGACGCCGCGUAAUUACCGAUCUCGCCGAUGUCCACGAGAUUCGCCUCGAGUACCUCAACAUCCUCCAGAUCACCUGCCUGUGGCCCCUGUCCAACCUGGUCAAGCUCAAACUGAACAACAACGCCAUCGAGAAGAUCGAGAACCUCGACAGCCUCGUCCACCUGUGCGAGCUCGAUCUGUCGUUCAACCGCAUAAGGGUCAUCGAGAACCUGGAAGCUCUGGCCAACAUUCGCGUGCUGUCGUUCUACGACAACGAGAUAGAGGUAGUCCAGGGGAUCGAGCACAUGCAGAACCUCGCGAUCCUCAGCCUCGGCAAGAACAACGUCUCCGACACCGAGACCCACGUGUUGUACUUGCGGAAGCUCAAGGGACUCCGGAGCUUGCAGAUGCUGGGCAAUCCGUGCGCCAAGAAAAACGGAUACGCGAGUUACUUGAUGGCUUUCGUGCCGCAGCUCGUCUAUUACGGCUACAAAAUGAUUUCGGACCAGGAGAGAGCCGAGGCUGCCGAGGAGCACUGUCGGGCGCUUUCAGAACUGCAGGAGGCCGAGUCGAAGAAACGGAAGGAGGUGGACGCCGCGAGGCUCGAGGAGGAGAAGAUAGCCCAGCAGGCGCUCUCCUACGUCGAGUACUUGGACGAGGACAGUCUCUUCCGGAUGAUGUUCAGCCAGGACGAGGACGGGAAGAAAUUGGUGCGUCUGAAUCAAGGGACCGAGGCAGCUUACGAGCAGUACAGGCAGCGCUUCGCCGCGGUAAGCCACGCUCUGUACGAGCUGGGGUUGAAGGAGGAGAAACUCAGACGCGAGGAGAUCGAGGCUUUGGACGGUGUCUUCGACGACGUGCUCACCACUACGACCAACAAAGCUCGCGCGGUACUGAACAGCGUCCAGGGCAAGAGGACGGAGAUUACGGUCAGAGUGACGCAGAUGUUGCGCGAGGCCGCCCUGGUCGCGGACGACGCGGACAUUGACGACGACGCCAUUGACGAGAUCGACAAGCUAGCGAGGCACUUGGCUUGGGAGUUCGGGGAGUACGUGCACGGUGUCUGGUCGAAGCUUUUGCACGAGGAGACGGUCGUUCACGAGCAGAUCGAGGAGAUGAGUAGAAUAUUCGAAGCCAACUUGAACGACAUGGUCUCGGCUUUUCUCGAGGUAGCUCAGGAUCAUUUUGCGCAGCUCCGAAGCUUCGAGACCGAGUACAGCGACAAUUUGAUGCCAAUGGUGGUCGUUUAUCUCAAUGGCCUCGAGGACCAUAAGAAAUCGCCCUUUGAACUCGAGAUUUCGGAGGACAAGGAGGCGCUCAACAAUUGCCUACAGGGCUCGCAUUUUAUGCACCUCCAGAUCAUUGAUGACCGUCAGGAUCGAAUGGUCACGAGGUUGAAGGAGUGGAAAACGAGAUUUCUCAACAAUUUGGUGGAAGACGAGACCAGCAGAAACAGGAAUCGGAUUCUGGAAAUAACGCACUUUCUCAAUUACCACAAAGAGAAUGCGACCGUGGCUAAACUGCUGGGCCAGCAGGAGGAGAUAGGAGAAAAAGAAAGUGAGUUUACAGUGACGAGUAGCGAAGCCGAAAAGUAUGAUCUGCACUCCGACGAAGAGGAUUAUUGA